AUGGAUAACAGCACGCGGCGCGAGACGUAUAAUCCGUUUAACGGCUUCUGCGGGACGAAGGCCAGCUCGCAGAACUCCGUCAUCGCCACAGCGCCCCCCUCGCUCUGCCCGCUGCUGCCCGCGUGCCUGCGCGCGCCCUUCCGCACGGAGCUGUUGGUGGCAUCGUCGAAGUUCGACCGCAAUCCCAAGAAGCGGCGGUCGGAAGGUAGCAUGGUGCCACGGCAGGUCAGCCAGGAGGAAGCAGAGCAGUCGCCGCCUCAACUCACCAGUCCACGGUGCUUCUCGUUCCCCUCACCUCUUUCCCUCCCCCCCUCACCUGCCCGGCGCUGCGCCCAGCUGCAUGCCCUCAAGGCGCACAGGUUCUACCUGCUCCUCAACCACCCACUUGCGCACCGAUGCCUCGCAGAACACAGCAAGCCCCUCAGACCGAAAUUCUGGCUGCUACUCUCCCUCGCCCUCAUCUCCUCCUCCGACCCCUCCCACACCCCACGUCCUCGUUCCGCCCCCCUCGCCUCCCCCUCUCCCACCUCCCCUCAUGUGCCUGCCGCCCUGCCUGCACUCGCCACUGCACCUCCUCCUCGUGUGACGAACGCAAGGGAGCUGUACUCUCACGUGAAGGCAUACCUGUCCGGGCGAGCUGGGGGGAAUGACAGUGGGGGGGAUGGCGGCGGGGAGGGCAGUGGGGAUGGCAGUGGGGAGGAGGAGGUGCAUUGCGUGUGGCGUGUGGUACGGUCAUGCGGGGUGGAGUCAGCAGAGGGGCUGAGUGGUGUGGUGGAUGAGAGGGGGUGGACCACCAUGCAUGUGGCUGCUCGCAAUGGUGACUCCCCCGUGGCGCUGUUGCGCAUGGGCAUGCCGGCCAGGGUGUGCAGCACACGCAACGCCACCACGCCACUGCACGUGGCGGCGUAUGGCAGCCACGUGGGCUGCAUGCGCCUGCUGGUGCAGCAGCAUGGGGCUGACAUCCGCACUCGCACUGCUGGCUUGAGAUGGCUGGCACAGCGGGGGAUAGAACCAGCAGAGGUGGAAGCAGCCGGUGCCAACCCCAAGGUGCACCUCAAGGCGCACCUCAUGGAAAGGGCGGUGCAGAUCGUGCGGGAGGAGCAUGGAUGGGGGGACGCGCCUGGUGUGGAUGGAUUUCUUGUGCUUGAUGAUCACCAUGGUGCGGUGCCUGACUUCCUGCUCCCACUGCUCAGCGGUUAG